AUGGUUCUGACCAUCGCCCAAGUUCUCUUGGUGAUGGGGUCGCGAAGCCGUUUCAUUGGCAAGUUACGCACUCCAACGAUUGUCCGAUUACGGAGGAUCCAUCAUGAGACUCUUAAACACUUGAGAGGUCAGACCACACUCAAGAAGAGGCACGCCAGAUGGUUAGAGUUUGUGGAGAAUUUCCCUUAUGUGAUUAAGUACAAGAAGGGCAAAGACAAUGUGGUGGCCGAUGCACUGUCCCGGAGACACACUCUUAUCUCCACCAUGGAGGCUAAGAUCAUGGGUUUUGAGUAUAUUAAGGAUUCUUAUCUUACUGACCCUGAUUUUCAAGAAGUUUUCAGGAAAACUACCAAGAUGGCAGCCGGCCCAUUUUACCAACAAGAUUGCUUCUUGUUCAAGGAAAAGAAAUUGUGCAUUCCCCAAGGGUCCAUGCGGGAAUUGCUGGUUCGGGAGGCCCAUGGUGGCGGCCUCAUGGGACAUUUUGGUAGAGAUAAAACUCUAAGUGUCCUAACCGACCAUUUCUUUUGGCCAAACAUGAGGAAGGACGUUGAGAACUUGUGCACCUUCCAUGGCCGACCCAAAUAA